AUGGGGCGGCCUCCAGGGGAUUCCACGGACCUCGUGGGGGCCGACAAGGAUUCAACUUCAAGACCUUUUGCCCAUUCAGUCCCAGAGGGACCAUGUUCAACAGGGGGAACAGAAACAGAGGCGGUGGCUCAUCUCCAAGAUUUACAAAUCCCCAGACUUACAAGUCGUUCCACCAGUAAAGAAUUUCAGACCAGAUUGUACUUACCCAAAGGUAUGUUUUCAGAACUUUUUCAGGUCAAUUUGACUCAGAAUAUACCUCAAACGGGGCGCUUAAAGUUUUUCACCCCCGCAUGGGAAAUGAUCACACAGGACCCUUGGAUCCUGCAGGUCAUCCAGGGUUACCAGAUAGAACUUGUAACUCCUCCAGUGCAACAGUCAUUACCCAAUGUACCAAAGCUUUCUUCAACACAAGAGACUGUGUUGGAGCAAAAGGUAAAAGAAUUGUUGAUGAAGCAAGCAAUUCAUCCAGUACAAUCCCCAAAGCUAGAGGCAGGAUUUAUAAGUUCUAUCUUUGUGGUACCCAACCCCUGAACCAGUUUCUAGGCUACGAGCAUUUCAAGAUGGAGGGAAUCCACAUGUUAAGGGAUCUAUUAAAGAAGGGAGAUUUUUUCGUGAAAAUCGACCUCAAGGAUGCUUACCUGACAGUACCAAUUUGGAAGAACCACCAAAAAUAUCUGCAAUUUCUUUGGAAGGACACCAUGCUGGAGUUCGCAUAUGCCUUCCCUUUCGGUUUGGCGAUCGCGCCAAGGGUUUUUACCAAGCUUAUGAAGCCGGUAGUAGGG